CGCUUUUCAUCUUUUCAGACACAUCCCCACUUUUUGCUCAUUCCAUCUGAUACCCUGCAUCAGCAGCCACACGCAAAACGAAAAUAAAAUCCUAAAAACAACAAACCAUCACUCCUGAUAAAAAUCCCAAAUCAGAGUUCCUCUCCCACUUGUGGGGUUACCAAUCACUCUCUCCCUCUCUCUCCCUCCCUCUUCCCAUAUCUACAGUUGUGUAUAUAUGUAUAUAUACAUACAUGUAUGCUGAAACCAAGAGAGAGAAGGGGGUUGGUUAAUGCUGCAAUUGGGACAUAAAAUUUGUUUAAAAUUUGCUAUGGAUGCUGACGAUUAUCCUUUUGUGGACUUUCAUCAUCUUUCUUUAUCAGGAUUCCAUCGCUCGUAUCCAUUGUGGGUUCUUUGUUUGAUUUCUGCAAGUGUUGUUGCCUUGGAGCCUAAACCCAUGUCAAAACCCACAUACCCCUUCACUGUUUCCGUUUCUUGUUUCACUCCCAAGUCCUCUUCUGCUGCUGUAGAAGCCGCUUGAUUCCCUUUCUCAAUUUCUAAUUCUCUUCUCUUUUCUUUUCUUUCUGUUUCUCUCACCCCUACCCUACCUUCUCUCUCUCUCUCUCUCUCUCUCUCUCUCUCUCUCUCUCUCUCUCUCUCUCUAUACAUACAUAAAUACGUAUAUGGAUACGCAUACAAUGUCUUUUGUAUCGCUGACUGGUUCGUGUCACCAUCGGAUGAGUUCAAUUGCUACUUCAAUUGCAAUCGGUCGAAGUUACAGUGACCGCCGUUGUUUCAGGUGUUAUUACAGUAGACGUAGUUGUUGGGAUGGGGAUGAAGAAGGGAAGAAGAGCAAAUUCAGUUCGACUCUUAUUAUGGGGAAGCACAAGAAUAGGAGGUUGAGUUUUUCGCCUCGGGCUAGUUCCGCUCUGGCAACGAUGAGAAAUUCGCCACAUCCCAAUUUUCAUCAGGAGGUACUCCAGGUUGCAAGGGAAAAGUUCACUCAGGAGAUAUCCUUCCAGUCCAAGGACAAAGACAUCUCCCUUGCUAAGGCUCUUCUGUAUGUAUCAGCUGAAGAUGAGGCAUUUAUGGCUUUCAACCGAGAGAAGGAUGCUCGUUCACUUCAGAGUGAAAGGAGAGAUACUUCGGUCAAGUCUAAUGCCCAAGAAUAUGAUUCGUUGGAGGCCAUGCCUUUGGCGGGAAAAAGUAUCAGAGAGUGGUUGAUUGAGUUGGAUACAAUUGCCGAAGAAGUCAAGGCAGAAUUAGUUUCAAGAGACAUAGGUUGCCAUCUGGUUGAAGUUUUGGAGGCGGUGAACUUAGUUCUUUUCAAGUCAAGAGGUUUCAAUAGGCCACCUGUGCUAAUAAAUCCCAAAAAUUCUUAUUUGCACUCAGUUUUGAGCUCUGGAUGUGGCAGUGCAAUUUUACUUAGCAUAAUUUACAUUGAGGUUUGUCGAAGACUUCAUCUGACUAUUGUGGGAUCUCGAGUUGGGGAAGAGUUUUUGAUUUGGCCCCAAUCGGGGAACCCUGAGGAGCUCUUCAAGGUAACUUCAGGACACAGCUUGUUUGGAGUUGUUAACGGAAGGUGUGUGGACGAUCCUAGGUCAAAGGCCUCAGAUUUGAGCAGUAAUUCACUUUCAGGACUUGACAUCGCAACAAACCGAGACAUUAUAGGGAUUGCUGUGGCGAAUUUAAUUAGGCUUCACUGGAAACGUGCUUCAAGAUCAAACCAUGGGUUGAUGCUAACGUCUCCACUUAGGCCUGUUUGUGAUGGUAAUGACAAAUUUAGCAACAUCCAUGGUUCAAAUUUUCCACUAGUGCGGCCGCAGGACCUGAGGUUCAAGAUGCAAAUUUUGCAAGAUUGGCAUGAAAAAGGAGAUAGUUGUGAAAUAUUGGCUCAUGAUAUAAUUGCAAUUAAAUCCUAAUUGCCUGAUAAAGCUAUCUUUGGCUAGUCAUGCUGUGCUACUUAGUUUUUUUAUUGUCAUCAUCUGAUUAUCAAUCUACAGCUGGGUGCUCUGCUUCAGUAUUACAGCACUUUUAAGCUUUACUGCAGCACUGCACUCUUCUUAUUUGUUAAGUUUUUGGAGAUACGCUAUGGAGGUUUUCUUUUUUGCGGCUCAUAGUCUCCAAUAUGCAAGCUAUGGAUCAUGGUUUAACACCUUCACUGUAGACUAGGAUUUUAGUUUGGUAUAGUUCAUACUUUAUGGAACAAACCUACCAUUCCACUAUUUGGGAACUUUAGGAGUAGCUGAUGAGGAGUAAAAUGCUUUAGCAUUCGACAGUCGUGGACUUUUUGCUUGCUUUUUAUUGACAUAGUCAACUCGGAACCCCCAAAUUCUUAGGUUCACUACCUUUGCUUGGGUAGAUAUUCUAAGCGAGAAUACUAAAUCUUUGGUGACAGCUACUUCUGGUAUGCAAGCAACCUAGUGUAUGAUGUCUAAAUUGCCAUGGAGUGAGGUGUCUGAAUAAUCUUGUGUGGAACUAAAAUAUAUUAUUACAGGUUUUCUGCCCCUAAUAGGUUUUCUUUAAUUCAGUUGUUGCUUUACUGUAUUUGCUUUACUCCACAUGUAACACUUGUUUUCUUCUGGAGGUCAAAUUGUGCUAUGGAAUGCAGUGAUAAAUCAAAUUUCGGCUACUUGUUGGAAAUCUCACACAUCACAAUUGUUAUGAACUUUGCUCUAUUAUAGUUGCUAUCUCCGCUUAUAAUAACCAAAUAACACCUUGCAUGGUAUCUUAAACUAUUUC